CACACAACAGCAGAGGAGGGUGAAGGAUUAAAAUAAGAUUCCGUAUUAUGAAGUCGCUGUUUCUUUCCAGAUACACCUUCGUGUUUUUUUUUCUUCUGUGUGGACAAGCUUAUAAAUACAUCGGAUACCUUAGACAGUCAAACUUUGGUUCCGGCGAUGUGACCGGUAUUGGUGCGGCCACGGCGCUACACAUGAUCCAGUUUCAACCCCGACUGGUUAUCACAGGGCGGACCAAGAGCAAAUUGGACGCAGUUGAGGACAGCUUACUGGCCGCUGGUCUCAAACAUGACAGAUUCCUCAGCGCUGUUUGUGACGUCAUGGAUGACGCUCAACUUGAGAAUCUCGUGCAGAAAACGCUGGAUAUGUUCGGACAAAUAGACGUCCUGGUAAACAACGCGGCGGUGUUGGCCUACCAUACUGUCAUGGAUACCAACAUGGCGGAGUUUGAUCACGUAAUGAACACGAACAUCCGGUCGCCUUUCCUCCUGACCAAGCUUUGUUUACCUUACCUUAUAAAGACCAAAGGCUGCGUUGUGAACGUUUCAAGUAUUUCGGGUCAAUUUACGUACCAAAACGAGGCUGCCUAUGGAAUAAGCAAGGCGGCGCUAGACCAGUUCACGGGGAUUCUAGCUAAUGAGAUGGGUGAACAUGGCGUGAGAGUCAACUCCGUCAACCCAGGGGUGAUCCGGACGGGUAUCCAGAGGAAAGGCGGCAUGAGCGAGCAGAGAUACGCCCAGUAUGCGGAGGACCAACAGAAGACCCAUCCGCUUGGUCGUGUCGGAGAGCCUGAUGAGGUUGCCAUGGCGAUCACCUUUCUCGCUUCCGACCAGGCGUCAUUUACUUCCGGCCAGAUACUGUACGUGGAUGGCGGGCGACACAAGAAACCAACAUGAUUCUGGAACUGGAUUUGUUGGAGUGAUCGACAAGGUGGUUGUAAUGGACUAACCUUCCGUGGAAUACGCUUAACGUGAUAUUUUAGCUCCAGCCUGAAGUCACGUGCCCUCUGAAUAUUCAGACAAUACUAUCUUAGCUACACUAUAUUUCAAAUAAAGUUAAAAUAAAAGUGAUCUAACAAAAAACUAUGUUUGGUUAAUUUACCGUAUCUGAUGAGUUAUUACUUAUAUUAAAUAUGCAGACGAGACAAUAUUUUCUUCAUUAUAGAUCGUGUAUAUGUAUCGCCUUCUAAUAAGAUAAGAUAAAUUAAAAUAAGUUAACCUUUGUGCCAAGCCACUGGUUGCAAACCUAAUUUCUUAUCUGAUAUUUUUGGAUAUUUAUUCGAUUUGCUUAAUUUAAGCUCCGUGUUCUUCUUUCCAAAGGAACAUGCGUGUCGUAUGUUCGAUUAUAAAAUGAUGAUGUAAUAUUUUUACUGUCAAUUAUGUUUAGUAAAUACCUAUAAAGUAACCAAAUGUA